AUGCCUGCUGCUCUGGCCGAAACCAGCGGUGGAAGCCAGAACCUGGAAGCCAGUCUCGGACACCUUGGGACUGACCUUGAGGCACUGGGCAUGUUCGCCAUGACGGGACGGGACGAGACUCUGGAAUGGUGGCCAUCUUGUGGAGAGACUCUGGCUUGGCGGCCAUCUUGGGAAGAGUCAUCUGGAAUUGAGGAGUCUGAUGGAUUGGGGGAAGAAGCUGUCACGCCAGAUGUUCCGGGUGCUGUGGGUAAUUUGUCCCUAACAGAGUAUGGAACCAGUUUUCUGAGAGUGAACUGGGCAUCUGCACCAGGAGAUGUCGAUAACUAUGAGGUUCAGAUUCUCUUCAAUGACACGCAGGUGUCACCAGCUGUGAAUCUGAGCAGUACGGUUAGGGAACACAUGUUCUCCACGCUCACACCAGGUCGGCUUUACAAGAUCGUGCUGUCUACUCACAGCGGGUCAUACCAGCGUGCAGAGAUCCUUGAGGGCCGCACAGUACCCAGUCAGGUUCGGAGUGUUCGUCUCAGUGCUGGCACCACAGACAGCAGUCUCAGAGCCUCUUGGUCCUCUGGUGAUGGAGACUUGGACUUUUACUCAGUGUAUCUGUUUCAUGAGACACAUGUCCAGGACAUCAGACAUGUUCCUAAACACAUCACACAGACAGAAUUUCACAACCUGGUACCUGGUCAACUGUACUCAGUUACUGUGCAGUCGGUCAGUGGAACGCAGACAAAUAACAGUACAACUAGUGGCAGAACAGACCCCUCCACAGUCACCAACCUGCGGGUAGAUAAUGAACUCAGCACACACAAUCUGUUAGUGAGCUGGACGGCAGCUGUGGGUGUUUGUGAUGGAUACAGUCUACAGUUACUAGAUGAGAGUGACCAAGUUAUCGCCAGCGCUUCGGUGCACUUCUCCGUUACUAACAACCACCACCUGUUUACAAAUUUAACUCCAGGAAGGUGGUACACAGCACACAUUCAGACACUCAGUGGCACUGCCAAAAGCAAGGACAUCACUGCCGAGGGACAAACAUGUCCAGCAGCAGUGACCGGGCUAUACAUAUGCUCCAACAUUAGCACUGAACUUUCGUUCUGCUGGGCUGCACCGGAGGGACGGGUGGACAGGCUUGAUCUGUAUCUGUACGAUCAGGUUGAGGAAAUGCAGUCCCACAGGACACUGGGAGAAGAUGCUCUGGGCUGGUCCUUCACACACCUGCUGCCGGGGACGCUGUAUAAGAUGAUGAUCAUCAGCAGGAGUGGGAAGCUGAGUAGUCAGUUGUCUAUAUGGGCACGUACAGGUGAAUACUGA